AUGAGGAUUGCAAUAUCUGAAGCAUUACCUUACACAGUGCACCGUUUCUGCAACUUUCACAUCAGCAAGAACCUGGAUGACAAGUUGUCCCUAUUCUUCGCAGUAAGAGGGACUCUGAAGGAAGAACUAAGAGCGGUUAUAAGGAACUCAUUUACUCCAGAGGAAUUCGAAAAUAGCUGGCAUGAUCUACUGGAGCGUCAUAAUGCUUUGGGAGAGCCACACCUGGACAGGAUAUAUGACAUCAGAGCUCAGUGGGUCCCAGCAUAUUUCAAAGAGAGAUUCUUCCCGUUCACUUCAUCGACGGGGAGAAGUGAGAGCACAAACUCCUUAUUCAAACACUAUGUAAAAAGGAAGGACUCGAUUGCAACAUUCUUCAAGGAGUAUAUCAUAAUACAAGAAAAAAAACAGUCCGACCUAGAUCGCCUAAGAGAGAAAAGUGAGUUCAAGGAGUCUGUGAAUUGGGGAUUCAAUCCUCUUGAAAGGGAAGCAAUGAAAAUCUACACAGACCCAAUAUACGGCAAGUUUGCUGAAGAGCUAAGGAAGGGUACUGCUUACAACGUUGAAGUUGUGGAAGAGAAGAGAUUGUACAGAGUUAUUAGGGUGGCAAACUAUAGAAAUGCAGAGUUCCCCAGAUUAAUAUAUGUGGUUACUGUUUCCUCUGAUGACGAUGUGUACAAAUGCUCGUGCUCUAAGAUGGCUCGCGAUGGAAUACACUGCUGCCAUGUCAUGAGGGUGGCUAGUCAUAUUGGUUUGACUGAGCUUCCUAAAGCUAUAUGCAAAGAUGCAAUGGAACGCCUCCAGACGAAAGAAAAAGUCACACGUAAGAGAAAAAAGGUUGAUGACCCAGUUCAACAAGAUACUGACAAUAUGCGUCAUGAAGAUAGAGAAGACAACAAUCAUGGACACAACAAUGAACAGAUACACCAUGAGGAGAAAAAUUCAAGUGACAAAGAAAAAAAUGAAGAUGAGCAUCGCCCUUAUAAGGAUCCACCACAGUCAGGAAAACCAGGGUUCAACCUAGGUGAAAGACCUAUGAAUUUCCAUGAGAAAUGUGCUGCAAAACUAAAGAAAAAGGCUGCACCAAGAUUGUGUGGACUUUGCAGGUUGCCUGGACACAAAAGACCAAAAUGCCCAGACAGAGACAAGGUUGGCAUGAGCAUACCAGGAAUGGAUUCCCAAAAAGAAGAAGGGAACCCAUGA